CGGCUGCGGGAAAAGCGGCCGCGGGCGCUGCUGCUGGCUGUGGGGCGGGCGGGCGCGGCCGAGGCGGAGCGUGGCGGCGGGAGGACAGGAUGCGAGCGCGGCCGCUCUGGGCCGCGGUGCUGGUGCUGGGGGCGCUGGCGGGCGUCGGCGUCGGAGGGCCGAACAUCUGCACCACACGAGGCGUGAGCUCCUGCCAGCAGUGUCUGGCCGUGAGUCCCAUGUGUGCCUGGUGCUCGGACGAGACCCUGCCUCUGGGCUCGCCCCGCUGUGACCUGAAGGAGAAUCUGCUGAAGGAUAACUGUGCCCUGGAGUCCAUCGAGUUCCCCAUCAGUGAGGCCAUCAUCCUGGAGGCCAGGCCUCUCAGCGACAAAGGCUCUGGAGACAGCUCCCAGAUCACACAAGUCAGUCCCCAGAGGAUUGCACUCCGGCUCCGGCCAGAUGAUUCGAAGAGUUUCUCCGUCCAAGUCCGGCAGGUGGAGGAUUACCCUGUUGACAUCUACUACUUGAUGGACCUGUCUUACUCUAUGAAGGAUGAUCUGGGGAACAUCCAGAACCUGGGUACCAAGCUGGCCUCCGAGAUGCGCAAGCUCACCAGUAACCUGCGGAUUGGCUUUGGGGCCUUUGUGGACAAGCCUGCGUCACCAUACAUGUACAUCUCCCCACCAGAGGCCCUCCAGAACCCCUGCUAUGAAAUGAAGACCUCCUGUUUGCCCAUGUUUGGCUACAAACAUGUGCUGACGCUAACUGACCAGGUGACCCGCUUCAAUGAGGAGGUGAAGAAGCAGAGUGUGUCACGCAAUCGAGAUGGCCCAGAGGGUGGCUUUGAUGCCAUCAUGCAGGCUACAGUCUGUGACGAGAAGAUUGGCUGGAGGAAUGAUGCGUCCCACUUGCUGGUGUUUACCACUGACGCCAAGACCCACAUAGCACUGGACGGAAGGCUGGCAGGCAUCAUCCAGCCCAACGAUGGGCAGUGUCAUGUUGGCAGUGACAACCAUUACUCUGCUUCCACGACCAUGGAUUAUCCCUCUCUGGGGCUGAUGACCGAGAAGCUCUCCCAGAAGAACAUCAAUCUGAUCUUUGCAGUGACUGAAGGGGUAGUCAAUCUCUACCAGAACUACAGUGAGCUCAUCCCAGGCACCACAGUGGGGGUUCUGUCUGCUGACUCCAGCAACGUCCUCCAGCUCAUUGUUGAUGCUUAUGGGAAAAUCCGCUCUAAAGUAGAGCUGGAGGUGCGUGACCUUCCUGAGGAGUUGUCUCUGUCCUUCAACGCCACUUGUCUCAACAACGAGGUCAUCCCAGGCCUCAAGUCUUGUGUGGGACUCAAGAUUGGAGACACGGUGAGCUUCAGCAUCGAGGCCAAGGUGCGUGGCUGUCCCCAGGAGAAGGAGAAGUCCUUCACCAUCAAGCCCGUGGGCUUUAAGGACAACCUUAUCGUCCAGGUCACCUUCGACUGUGACUGUGCCUGCCAGGCCCAUGCACAGCCUCACAGCCAGCGCUGCAACAAUGGCAAUGGGACCUUUGAGUGCGGGGUGUGCCGCUGUGGGCCCGGCUGGCUGGGGUCCCAGUGUGAGUGCUCCGAGGAGGACUACCGGCCCUCCCAGCAGGACGAGUGCAGCCCCCAGGAGGGGCAGCCUGUCUGCAGCCAGCGGGGCGAGUGUCUCUGUGGCCAGUGCAUCUGCCAUAGCAGUGACUUUGGCAAGAUCACGGGCAAGUACUGCGAGUGUGACGACUUUUCCUGUGUCCGCUACAAGGGGGAGAUGUGCUCAGGCCAUGGCCAGUGCAGCUGUGGGGACUGCCUGUGUGACUCCGACUGGACCGGCUACUACUGUAACUGCACCACGCGCACUGACACCUGCAUGUCCAGUAACGGGCUGCUGUGCAGCGGCCGGGGCAAGUGCGAAUGCGGCAGCUGCGUCUGCAUCCAGCCGGGCUCCUACGGGAACACCUGUGAGAAGUGUCCCACCUGCCCUGAUGCCUGCACCUUUAAGAAGGAGUGUGUGGAGUGUAAGAAGUUUGAGCGGGGAAUCCUAUUUGAGGAAAACACCUGCAACCGUUACUGUCGAGAUGAGAUCGAGUCCGUGAAGGAGCUUAAGGACACUGGCAAGGAUGCAGUGAAUUGCACCUACAAGAAUGAGGAUGACUGUGUCAUCAGAUUCCAGUACUUUGAAGACUCCAGCGGAAAGUCUAUCCUGUAUGUGGUAGAAGAGCCAGAGUGUCCCAAGGGCCCUGACAUCCUGGUGGUCCUGCUUUCAGUGAUGGGGGCCAUUCUGCUCAUCGGCCUUGCUACUCUGCUCAUCUGGAAGCUCCUCAUCACCAUCCAUGAUCGGAAGGAGUUUGCGAAAUUUGAGGAAGAGCGAGCCAGAGCAAAAUGGGACACGGCCAACAACCCGCUGUAUAAAGAGGCCACGUCCACCUUCACCAACAUCACCUACCGGGGCACUUAAUGACAAGCAGUUUGGCCUCAGAUCACUGUCAGACUGUCCCUGUGUCUCUGCCCGGAUUGUGGGCAUCUCUGCUGUCGUGUUUACAGGGGGCGAGAUCUGUGGGGUGG